UUCAACUGUUGCCCCUUCCCCGACAUCUCUUCCCCGCUCUCCCCACCUGUGUAUUAUCUCUCCCGGUCCCUGGGCAUUGGUGGGAGUCGGGCUGAGCUCCUGGUAUCCGUUGGCGCUUGGCGGUGCUUAAGAAUGUGAACGGGACCUUUGCUUCAUUCUUGGCGUCCUUGCCGGGACCUCUUGACUCUUGCUGUGGAGGAGAACUAAAGAAAGGUGUUGCCGCAUCUAGCAGCAGUUACAUUCUGCAACGUUUGGUCGUCGAAAAAGAUCACUGCGGAUUGCGAUUAGAGGUUCCACGCUAUGAGCUUUCGAGAGGCUCUUUGCUUGCUGGUGUGUAGCAUCUCCACCGGAGCUGCUGACAGAGUGCAAGUCACUCAGUCUGUCGUGGUGACAGUCCUUCAGGCACUAUUUACAGCUUUAUCACUCUUGCUGACUACGCAGACAAGAGGGACUUUUCUUGUUUUCUGUUAGCCACUGUUGUUACAGUAGUUAGAAGCAUAAAGUGCUGAGGCAGAGGAACAAAACCCAAGGUAGAUAUUAGGAAGUGGCAUUUGCUUUUUCUUUCUUCUUCGUUUUUCCUUCCCUUUUCUCUGCACAUUUUGUGAGCUUUGUGUUCCUGGCUGGACAGGUGGUGUGAUGGGCUGUGGUCUUUUUUGAUGCCGUUUGAAUAUUUGUAUCAGCAACCAUACUCUUACAAAUCCUGGGAGUUUCUCAUUUCAGCAACAAAAAACCCAAUCAAAUUCACCCUGCACAGUAGAUAUCAGUUGCUGCGUUGAUGUUCUCAUCAGCAUUUGAGUUGUUCUCUCACAUCAUGAAUUCAAAGCUCAUUGCCAUUAGAGGUGUAAAGAGAAAAAAAUGUCCAUUUUGGUUCUCUCAGCAGAGUCAUGAAGGAAGUAGGGAAGAAGCUUUGUUCUGUGGUGUUUUUUCCAACUAUGUUGUUACUCUUCUUAUUAGCACAAAGUGUUCAGGUAGAAGAGUGUGGCCCAUGGUAAGUGUUAGAAAAAGGGAAUUUUUGUUCUGUUCACCCUAUCCCCUAAGUUGUGGAUUUAUGUUCCUGACCAGGGAAGUAGCGUGAAGUACAUUGGCCUGUUUUGGCGUUUGUUCAAUAUUUGUAUCAAUGGCCACACCAUUUGAAAAGCUCAGAAAAUCUUUUCUGAAAAGAUAGACAAAGCAACAACAGAAAAUCCAGUACUGAAGAUCUACACCUCCCCAAAAAUCCCAGAUCAGAUUGUCCUACACAGUUCGUGUAAUCUAUUAUCAUUCUGUGCUUCUCAACGUUUGGAUUAUUCUCUCACUGCAUGAAAUCAAUGCCCAUUGCUAUUUAGAGCUAUCCUGACAUCACCUUUGGAAAGAGUAUUGCUCCCAAGUCUGCUACAUUUCCAUCUGAGACAGCUGAAACAUUGCCAAACAGGACAGGUCAGCAGUGAUUCAGUGGGCCACCAUGUGUAUGAUACUGUCUGUUUUGUUAUUUUUUUUAUCAUGCCCUUGUGAAUGGGAAUGGGCUGCAAAAGACUGAGCUUUGAUGUGGGAAAGAAAACUGCGGCAUGUUGCAGAGGUGAAUGCGGCUGCAGCACUGAGUAGGGCCUGGCCAUUACAUGAUGUGAAGGACAGAAAAAGCGGUGGGAAGACUUGUCUGCGGCAACGGGAAAUCCUUGGGAAGACCAUGAGCCAUGCCAUAAGACAAGAAUGGGACAUGAAUUGCUUGUCUUAAGGAUGCAUAUAAUGGAGGAAGCCUACGGCGUGAGGCAGCAUGGGUGUGGAAUGUUCUUACCCAGGAUCACUUCUCAGGAUCCCAAGAGACUGAAGUUUGAGGCCUUCUGGAUCCUGAGAUGGUUACAUGGUAUUGAAAUGCCCACAAUGUGUUUGAGGUUAGGAAUUUCCUACACCAGAGACAGUUCCUUGUGCUGCUGCCUGCCUGAUGUAGGCAACAUGUUGGCAAGGACUUGGUGAGAUGCAAGCUGCUGAAUACUCUCUGAUGAACAUUUUCACUGCUGUUUCAGGAAAGGCAUUGUGGGAGGGUAAUGCUUUGAUCUGCUGUCCUUGUGUAGCGGUGGGCAUCUAGAGCAGUUUCCACAGCAGCUGAUGUUGCCUCAGGCAGGAUUUUUAAGGCUAUACGAGGAGCCUUUGUGUGUUCGACUUCCCUUACUUGUGCACUAAUACAGUCAGCAUUGGUAGAGAUCGUGUGUCCUGUUGUCACACAUGGCUCAUUCUGACAUGUGCAUGUACAGGCCAAAUCCUGGACAGCUCAGCUCUGGUUUUCUAUAGUACGAAUUUUCCCAUCUAGAUGAAAUUGUGAAAUAUCUUGCACUUCAGCAAUUGGUUUGGUUUCAUCACAGAAUAAGGUCUGUGUGGACUGGGAUCUGAGCUGUCACAGCUCUAGUCACAUAAUCUUUAAGAACUUGAUUCCUAUAUGAAAAUGCUGAAAAGGCACAAAGCAUCCAAGCAGCUUAAAGCUGUUCUGCUUUUGUAAUGGUGGGCAUCUACAGGAUCUUCCACAGCUGUUGAUGUUGCCAUGAUGGUUCCUUGAUCCUCCUCAGGCAGGAUUUGUAAGGAGGAGGAUGAGACCUUUGGGCACUCAACUUCCCCUACUUGUGUGCUUCCACAGUUGACCUUAGCAGAGAUGGCGUGUCUUCUUGUCACUAGUAACUCAUUCAGAUACAUGCACGUAUAUGCCCAACCCUGCACAGCAGCCCAGCUCUGGUUUUCUAUUGUGAAAGUUCUCCCAUGUGGAUGACACUGUGAGUGUGCUUGCACUUGCACAUUUGGUGUCAUUCUCUCAAAGCAUAAAAUCCAUGUGGACUGUGAUCAGAGCUGUCACAGCUCUAAUCACAGAAUCUUUAAGAGGAGCUCUAGCAUGCACCUCUGUGGUGUUUCCACCUGUAAUUGCUGAGAAAGCACAAAGUAUUUAGGGUGAAGUUCAAGCACCUGAGAAGAGUCUGCCAGGCAGUGAGUGCCUUUGCAUCCAUCCAUAUGUUCUUUGUGCCAGUCAUGAGAGGUGGGGAUGUGCAGAGGCCUGGGUCACAUGCAGCGCAGGGAUUAGAGCUGGAGGAGGUUCUUGUGGUGCAGCAAGGUCUGGGUAUUGUGGCAGUGAUGCUACGAAAUGGGCAUGUGUCACUGGAAGGUUGACUCUGAGUGGGCAAGAGUGUUCCCUGAGAGAAAUGGAGAAGCUGAGUAGAACACAGUCUGUGUUAUUAGGUAAAGACUGGAUGUCUGCUUAGCUGGGGAUCCCAUUUCCCAGGGCACAGGAUAGAGGAUGCCCAUAGGAAACCUUGAGAAGAGUGCCAGCACACACUACUAUGUUCCCAUGGUCCUCGUAGGACGUCCAGAAGUUCUGCAUAUGUUUGAGUGCUGUUGUUCUUCAUGAUAUUACUGCUUGUUAAGUCAUCCGACAUGCCUGUAAUCACUCAUGUUUGAAGUGGAACACUGUUGCUCAAAGAGAAGCUUGUACGAAUUUAGAUCAUACUGCCAGCCUUCACUGAAUCUCUCUUUGUUUGUGCUCUUAGUCUUCCUAGGCAGGGGAAGAAGUGCUCUCCAUAUUCAAAAUGUCAGCAGACUUUAUGUUUCAAUACAAUGGGAUGGGAUCCACUGGUUCUCUUCUCUUACCGAAACUCCCUAUCCUCGUGUUGUUUUUCUUUCUUCCUGCUCAGUGGCAAUGUGUUGCUAAAAUGGGAUGAGAUGUAGACUGCAGAAUUUUAGCAGCUGCCAGGUUGGAGACAUUUGGGCAGUUGGCCAUCAGUGCAAGAGAUGGUGUUUCCACUCUGUUGAGCUGAGAUUGACUUUGGCAGAAUGUACUUGGGUUUCAGGUGUCCCUCCUGCUUCCCUGGUGAUAGAAGGGAUAAGGGCAUGCUAUGUUCAGUGAUUUCACAGCUUUUGGAGAAUGAGAGUGGUGGUGGGGUUUUUUUGUCCAUUUUCACCAGAAAUUGCUGGUAAUGGCAAGGGAAAAAGGUCCAUUAGAACCAGUUCUCCUCUCCUGACAAUGUUUCUUAUUCUGAAGAGGGAAACAGUGAUGCUACAGGUAAGUCACUCAUAACUAAAGAGGCUGUGUUUGAUAGACAGAUGUACUUUUCUGCCUGUUUUGGUGUGGUAUCUUCAUGUUGGAUUGAUGGAAUGUUUCCUGGAUCAUAAUACCUGUAGGUUUGCAGCAGCAAAGCACCACUGCCUCCUUUCCUGCUGCUUCAAGAAAUAUUGUGAGCUGGUGGCAGAAAAACAGAUGGGGAAGGAAACCCAAUGCAUUUCUCAGUGGAUGUGUUGAGCAUCCAUGUGAUAUUUUCAUCCAAAAUGUCUCAGUCUUCCCUUAGUGGCUUUUGUUUGGCUUUGUGAUGUGUGUUUCAUGCUAAUGAAGGAGAAGUAUUCUCUAAGGUCUAGUGCCUCUGCCUACUGGGGUUGUUUCUGUGCCCUUCCAGCCACGCAUGCCUGUGUGCAAGAGGAAGCAAGAGCUUGACAUUCAGUUUGCAGGUGGAAAGAAUAGCUCUUCGUCGAAGUAUAUGAAGAGUGCUUGGGAGCUGUGGUCGCCCUGUGCUUUUUCAGCUGCCUUGGAGGUUUGGAGUCCUGAGCUGUGGGAGGUGUCAUUUCCCAAAUGAAAGACUCCCUGUGUUGUUUAGAUGCACUAUGGCCUGUUGCAUGGAGAUCCAAGUACGUGGGGACUUGGACUUGUGUUUCUGAGGGUGGUGGUUUCUGUUCUGAUGUAGCAAAGCCGUUCUUUGUGACAUGAUUGCCUUGCUGUGCUAUUUGCUGGGUCCUUGAGAGGACUGGAAGCUGAAGGGUGUGGUCUUCUACCAGAAGAGGAGGAACAGGAGGUGCAGAGCCAGUCUGUCUGUCUGUCUUAUAUAGACCAGAGGACUGGAGGAAGUUUGUUCACUGUAUGGAGGGAUUGAAUACUUUCAGGAAGAGGAAUGGGAGCUCUUUUCAAAGGACAUGUCUGUUCUUGAUGCCAAGGGCGUUGUAGACGUGUAAAAAUAUAUUGCUAAGAGUGAAAAAGGAAAAAACAAAACACAUAAGGGAGCGAUAGAAAAUGGGAAGAAAGAAAGAGAAAUGAGGUGAGAAAGUAAAAGAAAGGAAGAAGAAAAGUGUUGUGGUUUAGCCCCAGCCAGCAACUAGGAGCACAUGGCUGCACGCUCACUCCUCCCCUGCCUCCCCAGUGGGAUGGGGAGCAGAAUCAGGAUGCAAAAUGGAAAACUUGUGGUUUUGGGAAAAAAACAAGCAAACAAACGUUAUUACAGAACAGCAAAAGAAGAUAUAAAUAAUAACAAUAAAAAAUAUAGAAAACGAGGGAUACACACUGCAAUCGCUUACCCUCCAGAAAACCAACGUCCAGCCCACUCUUGAGCAGUGAUCACCCAAGCAGCGAUUCUCUCCACCAGGCAGCUCCCCAAGUUAUAUAUGGGUCAUGACGUUCUAUGGUAUCGAAUCUCCCUUUGGCUAGUUUGGGUCAGCUGUCCUGGCCGUGUCCCUUCCCAGGUUCCAAUGAAGAUUAUCUAUAUUCCAGUUGAAUCCAGGACACAAAGGAAGGAUCGUAUGCAAGGAGAAAGCAAGCAGGAAGGAAAGAAGGGACAGAAAGUUCAAGGAAGUAAUUAAGGAAGGAACAUGAUAACAAGAAGGAAGGAAGGGAGGAAGGAAGGAGGGAAAGAAGAGAGAGAGAAAGAGAGAAAGAGAGAAAGAGAGAAAGAGAGAAAGAGAGAGAGAGAGAGAGAAAGAGAAAGAGAAAGAGAAAGAGAAAGAGAAAGAGAAAGAGAAAGAGAAAGAGAAAGAGAAAGAGAAAGAGAAAGAGAAAGAGAAAGAGAAAGAGAAAGAGAAAAAGAGAAAGAUCAGAAGAUUACAAGAAUGCAACAAUCUUACUUCUACAUGCUGGACGGAGCUGGUCCCUAACGACCUGCGCCUUUGUUAGGGUGCCGCGCCCUGGAGCUGAUGGCUCCGUCUUUGACGGUUUCCACAGCGGCGCCGGAGGGGGGUGGCGAGCUGCGUGGCUGGGAAAAAAAGAUGAGAGAAGAAAGGAAAGAUAAGCGAUAGAGGAGUAAAGCACCGGUCACGGCAGACCAACAACGAAUAUAAGAAGAAAGAGAAGGAACAAAAUAAAGAACAGACUGAUGAAAAAGAAAAAAAGGGGCAAGAUAAAUGAAGAAGGAAAGAAAGAAGGAAAGAAAGAAAGGAGAAAAAUACAAGAAAGUGUAUGGAAGCGAAGAACGAUCAAGAGAGGAAGAAAGAAAUAUAGAGGAAAAUAAUAAAGAAAUAAAGGAAAGGAGAAAGGAAGGAGGAGGCGAGAAAAGAGUUGAGCAGCGCAGAGGCGAUGAUGGGAGCGUGCGCGGCGGCGGAGCAGCACACGGUGUCGCUGCAGGCUCAGAAACGGCGGCCGAGCGGCUCGGCAGCUCCGCCCCGGUGCGGCGGAGAGCCCGGCUGUGAGCGCGGGGGGGCGGCGCGGGGCGGGCAGGAGAGCCGGUGCGUCCGGGAGGCGGCGGGGAGCCGUGCGGGGCCCGGGAGGGUGGCGGCAGCAGCAGCAGCAGCGAUGUGCGUGUGGUGGGGGUCCGUGUUGCGGGUGCUGGUGCUGCAGGCGGCCUGGGCGCUGGUCGGCGGGCAGGUGCGGUACUCAGUGCCGGAGGAAGCCAAGGCCGGGACGGUGGUGGGGCGUCUGUCGCAGGACCUGGGCCUGGAGGCGGGCGAGGCGGAGGCGCGGCGGCUGCGGCUGGUGUCGCAGGGCCGGCGGGCGAGCGUGGAGGUGAGCGGGGCGAGCGGGGCGCUGGUGGUGAGCUCGUGGCUGGACCGGGAGGAGCUGUGCGGGAAGAGCGCGCCGUGCGCCCUGCGCCUGGAGGUGCUGGUGGAGCGGCCGCUGCGCGUGUUCCACGUGGAGCUGGAGGUCACGGACAUCAACGACAACGCCCCGCUCUUCCCCGCCGCCCGGAAAAUCCUCAGCAUCGCGGAAUUCACGACACUGCCAGGGUCUCGGUUCCCUUUGGAGGGCGCGUCGGAUGCAGAUGUCGGAACCAACGCGCAGCUCUCUUACACACUCAGCCCCACCGAACAUUUCCGUCUGGAUUUACAAAAAUCGAAUGAACGAAAUAUUGUACCAGAUCUUGUUUUAACGAAAGCGCUGGACCGCGAGACGCUGCCUGUGCACCAUUUGGUGCUGACGGCGAGUGAUGGUGGCCGGCCGUCUCUGACGGGCACGAUGGAGCUGGUGAUCUCGGUGCUGGACGCGAACGACAACGCGCCCCAGUUCAACCAGUCUGUGUAUAAAGUGCAACUGCCGGAGAACGCUGUAGAGGGGACGCUUGUGGCACUGCUGAAUGCCACGGAUCCGGACGAAGGAAUUAACAGUGAGGUGACUUACACGGCAACCAACUUCAUUCCCCGGAGUGGAAGCGAUGUGAUCGCUGUAAAUCCGAAGACGGGAGAAAUCCGUCUCACGGGCUCUCUGGACUUUGAAGAAGUCAGUAUAUAUGAUUUUCGUAUUGAAGCGAGAGACAAAGGGACGCCGCCGCUGUCGGGUCACUGCAGCGUGGAGCUGGAGGUGCUGGACGUGAACGACAACGCGCCCGAGGUGUGGGUGACGUCGCUGUCGGUGCCGGUGCCGGAGGACGCGUCGGUGGGGACGGUGGUGGCGCUGCUGAGCGUGUCGGACCGGGACUCGGGGGCGAACGGUCGUGUGCGCUGCGCGGUGUGGCCGGCGGCGCCGUUCGGGCUGGUGUCGACGUUCGCGGGGUCGUACUCGCUGGUGCUGCGGGAGGCGCUGGACCGGGAGCGGGUGUCGGAGUACGAGGUGGAGGUGCGGGCGGAGGACGGCGGGUCGCCGUCGCUGCGCGGCCGUCGCGGGGUGCGGGUGCCGGUGUCGGACGUGAACGACAACGCGCCGGCGUUCGCGCAGGCCGUGUACACGGUGCUGGCGCGGGAGAACAACGCGGCGGGCGCGGAGCUGGCGCGUCUGUGGGCGCGGGACCCGGACGAGGCGGACAACGGGCGCGUGCGGUACUCGGUGUGGGAGGGCGUCGUGGGCGGUGUCGCGUCGGCGGGCGGGGAGUGGCGUCCGGCGUCGAGCUACGUGUCGGUGGACGCGGAGAGCGGGCGUCUGUGGGCGCUGCAGCCGUUGGACUACGAGGAGGUGCAGGUGCUGCAGUUCGAGGUGCGGGCGGUGGACGCGGGGGAGCCGCCGCUGUGCGGCAAUGCCACGGUGCAGCUGUUCGUGGUGGACGAGAACGACAACGCGCCGGUGCUGCUGCCGGCUGGAAGCGGCGGGCCGGGGCCCGGGGUGUCGAGUGAGGCGGCGUCAGUGUCGGUCUCGGGGGCACUGUGGGCGUGGGCUGCGUGGGGGGCGCCGGCGGGGCAGGUGGUGGCGAAGAUCCGCGCGGUGGACGCGGACUCGGGCUACAACGCGUGGCUGCGCUACGAGCUGUGGGAGCCUCGGGGGAAGGGCCCGUUUCGCGUGGGGCUGUACAGCGGCGAGGUGAGCACGGCGCGGGCGCUGGAAGAGGCGGACGGCCCGCGACAGAGGCUGGUGAUCGUGGUGCGGGACCACGGGGAGCCGGCGCGCUCGGCCACGGCCACGCUCAGCGUGUCGCUGGUGGAGGGCUCCGAGGCGGUGCUUGCGGCCGCGGGCUCGUCGUCGUCAUCCGGGGCGGGGCUGCGUCCGGCACAGGGUGGCGCGGCAGCGACAGGAGCAGCGGCGACGACGAACAUGUGGCUGGUGGUGGCCAUCUGCGCGGUGUCGAGCCUGUUCCUGCUGGCGGUGGUGCUGUACGGGGCGUCGCGGUGGGCGCCGCGGGCGGGCGUACUGUCGGGGCCCGGGCCGGCGACGCUGGUGUGCGCCAGCGAAGUGGGGAGCUGGUCGUACUCGCAGCGCCAGAGCCGGAGCCUGUGCGUGGCGGACGGCGCGGGCAAGAGCGACCUGAUGGUUUUCAGCCCCAGCUUCCCGCCGCCGCCCGGCCCCGCGGCGAAGGAGGCGCAGCCGGAGCCGCCCGCUCUCCUGGACACGGUCAGUGGCCCUCCCUGCCUCACCUCUCACCCCUUCCUUGACUCCCUGUUAGCCUUCUACCCCUUUUUCCCUCUCUCGCCCAUAUCCCUCUCUCCCACUCCAUGGGCAGCCUUUGGUGUGAGCCGUCUUGAGCCUCUGGGCCUCGUGGGCAGUGGGCACUUGGCGGGAUGUGAAUGGGACGUUUUCAUCUGCCUUGGAGUUCAUACCGGAGCCUCUCGGCGUGAGAACUAAAUAAAAGUAUUGCUGCAUCCAAAUCAGUUGCGGUUCACAGCUGCACAGCUGUGCUGGUUGCGAGUUGUUCUCCUGUCAAAUAAAAACACUGGAGGAUGUGGUGGGAGGUACCACGACAUGGGCUUUCAAGACUCGCUUGCUUGUGUGUAGCAUUUCCAGCUGAGCUUGCUGAAGGACUGAAAGUCAUGCAGGCUAUGGAGUUUACAGUCCCUCAGGCACUAUUUAUACUGACUAGGCAAGCAAGAGGGACUUUUCUUGUUUUCUUUUUGCCACUAUGUUAUUACAGUAGUUAGAAUCAAAAAGUGCUCAGCUGGGAGAAUGGAAACCAACGUACAUGUUAGAAAGUAACAUUUGCAUUUUUAUUUCUUUUCUUUCUUCGUGUUUUAAAUGUUUGCUUUUGUUUUUGUUUUUCUUUCCCUCUUCUCUGCCUGUCUUGUGAGCUUUGCGUGCCUGGCUGUCAGGCGGUGUGAUGGGCAGUGGCAUUUUUGAUGCUGUUUGAAUACUUGUAUCAGCAGCUACACUAUUAGAAAUCCCUGAAAUUUCUCAUUUCAGCCACAAAACCCAGAUCAACUCUUCUACACAGUAGAUAUCAUUCACCGUAUUGGUGUGCUCAUCAGCAUUUGAGUUGUUCUCUCACAUUGUGAAUUCAAAUCUCGUUGCCAUUAGAGCUGUCCCAAUAUCACCUUUAGAAAGAGUAUUGAUCCGAGGUCUAAAACAUUUCCAUCUGAGAUAGCUGAAGCGUAUCCCAAAUACCAAGUGUCAGUUGCAGAGCGUCUGCCAGACACUGUGUACAUGAUAAUAUCUGUAUGUUUUUUAUGGUGCUGUCAUUGAUGGGAAUGCUCUACAAAAGCCAGAGUGAGCUGGGAAAUAAAACUGUGGCAUGUCACAGAGGUGAAUAUGGCAGUGGGAGCUGAGUAGGGCCUGGUCGUGUCUUCAUAUGAAUGGUGAACUAGAGCAGAGGGAAGACUUGUUUAAAGUAACUGGAAAUCCUCAGGAAGACCAUAGACCAUGUCAUAGGAUGAUACGAAUGGGAGAUAAUCUCCUUGUCUUGAGAACACAAGUUCCAGAGUGGUGAACGGAGUAUGCCUAGAGGAAAGCAUGAGGCAGUUUUGGCAAAAGGUCUUCUUGCCUGAGAUUCACUUCCAGAGUCUAUGGAUCUGGUGUUGGAAACUCAUGAAAUAGGAUGUGCUAUAGAAAUGCCUACAAUCUUCUUUGAAGUUAUGAAUAUCUCCCACCAGAGACGGUCCCUUGUGCUGCUGGCCUGACUUAGGGCAUGUGUUGGUAAGAGGGAUGCAGACUGCUGAAUAGUGUCUGCUGGACCUUUUCCAUCUAGCUUUGAAAAGGCAUUGUGGGAGGGUAGCGCUUCAGUCUGCUAUCCUUGCACAGUGCUGCAAAACUGCGGGAGGUUCCGCAGCCAUUUCCCUUGCUAUGAUGGUUCCUUUCUUCUCCCCAGGCAGGAAUUUUAAGGGGGAUAUGAGGAGGCGAGUGUGGUCUUUCUGCUACUGACUUACCCUACUUGUGCACUUGCACAGUUGUCCUUGGUAGAUAUGGUGUUUCCUCUUACACAUGGCUUGUUCUGAUAUGUGCGUGUACAUUACAAACCCUGCAGAGCAGACCAACUGUGAUUUUCUGUGCUGCAAAUUUUCCCACCCAGUUGAUAUUGUUAGUGCACUUGCACUUUGACAUUUAGUGUGUUUUUUUGAAAUAAUAAAAUCUGUUCAGACUGGGAUCAGAGCUGUCACAACUCUCAUCACAGAAUCUGUGAGAUGAACUCUAACAUGCAGGUCUAUGGUGUUUCCAUCUGAGAUUGCUGAGAAGUAACAAAGUAUUUAGGGUGAAGUUUAAGCAUCUGGGAAGAGUCUGCCAGACAGUGAAUACCUUUGCACCCAUCCGUAUUUUCUUUGUGCUGAUCACAAGGGAAAGUGUGAUGUGCAAAGGCCUGAGUCAUGAUGACAUUGGGGUUUAGUGCUGGGGCACAUUAUUGUGGUAGAGCAAGAUCUGGGUAUUGUGGCAGUGAUUCUCCAAGUGGCACCAACUAGGGCCUGGGUAUGUGUGAGGAGGGUGACGGUGUGUGGGGAGUGUUGCCUGAGGGAAAUGGAGAUGCUGGGUAAGACAUGUUCUAUGUCACUGGGUAAUGUCCACUAGCUGGAGAUCUGAUUUCACAUGGCGUGGGAUAGAGGAUUCCGGUAGAAAACAUUGAGAAGAGGCCUGAUGCAGCCCUGCUUGCUUGGGAUCAUCUCAGCACUUUCAGAAGUUCCGCACAUCCUUGCACUCUUUUGUCCUCUGUGGUGGUCUUGUGUGGUGUGAAGACAUCUGCCAGAGACUCCUUUAAUAAUUUGCUCCUGGAUAUGGUAUGUUGUUGGUCAAACAAUGCUUUUGAAAUUUGGAUCACUUUGUCUGCCUUCCCUAAAUCGCUCCUUGUCAUCUCUCUGCUCAUCUUCCUUUCUAGGCAGGGGAAGAAGUCCUCUCUGUAUUCAACAUGUUAGCACACCUCGCCUUUCAAUACAGUAGAAUGGGUUCCUUUAGUUUUAUUCUCUCAGCAAAAAUCCCCACCAUUUUUGUUUUUUCCUUCUCUUACAUUGGCAAUGUGUUUGUAACAGUGGGUGAGAUAGAGAUGUCAGAAUUUUCACAGCUGUCUGGUUGCAGAGCUUUGAGCCAUUUGGGAUCAAUCUGGCGGAUGGGUUCUCCACUCUCCUGAGAUGAGGUUGACAUUGAGAGAAUGUCCUUGGCAUUCAGGUCUCCCUUCUUUUUCCUCUGUGAUGGAAGUGCAGAAGGGAGGAUUGCACACUGUACAGUGAUUUGGAGGUUUUUGCAGAACAUGACUAACGUCUUUCCAUGGAGGUUCCUCAGAAAAGUUAAGGGGAAAAGUCACUUAAAAGCAAUUCCCCUGUCCUGAAAAUGUUUCUUAUUCUGAAGUAGCAACCAGUGAUGCUACAGGUAAGUCGAUGAUAUUUAAAGGUGUGUUUGAGAGAGACAGAUGUACUUUUGUUCCUGUUCAGUUGUGGUAUCUUCAUGUUGGAUCAACCGAAUGUAGCCAGGAUUGUAAUGCUGGUGGAUUUGGAGCAGCAAAGCACCACUGCUCACUCUGUUUCUAUUUCUGCUGCUUCCAGGCACAGCAUGAGCUGGUGGCAGCAAGCAGAGAUGGUGGAGAGCCCCCUAUGUGUUUGUGGAGUAGAUAUGUUGGGUGUCAAGGGGGUGUUCUUAGGGAAAAUGUAAUGGUAUUAUCUUGAUGCUGAGGUUCUUGCUGUGUUUAUGCAAUGGAUGUUUGCCUUAAAAGGAAAGGAAGAGCUUGACUUUUCAUUUUGCAUGUGGAAUAUGAGACCAGAAGAACAGCCAUCCAUCGAGACACAUGAACGGUGCUUGGGAGCUGUGUUUGCCCUGUUCAUUUCCAUCCUUCAUGGAGUGUUGUUCUGCUGAACUGUGAUGGGUUUGAUUUCUCAAAUGAAAGACACCCUUGUAGUGUUUGGACUCAUCGGAGACUUUUUGCACAGAUGUCCAAGUACUUGGGUCUUGGGCUUGUGUUUCUGAGGGUGAUCCUGCUCUGAUGUAGCAGAGCUGUCCUCUGCCACAUAAUUGACUUGCUCUGUUAUUUGCUGUGCCAUUGAAUGGAAUGGAGGUGAAAGAGAGUGGUUUUCUUUCAGAAGAGAAGGUAAGGAGAGGUGAAGGGGCAGUCUGUCUGUCUUGCAUAGACUUGAAGAAAGCAGAGAGCUUCCCCAGCCGGAGGCAUGGAAGAUGUAAAGGAAUGGGAAUAAGAGCUCUAACCAAAGGGCCUUUUCCUGCUUUUUAGUAAGUAUGGUAUAGUCAUGUCGAAAAUCUUUAGGUAGAUGCAGGAAACAAGAGACCCAGACAGAAGCGGAAGAGAAUAGGAGGGAAGAAUAUGGAAUGCCAGAUAAGGAAAGAAAGCGGAAGAGAAAGAAUAGAAGGAGGAAAGAGGAAAAAGAAAAGGAAGAGAGGACCAAAGGCAAUGGAAGGCUGAAAGGAGAAAGAAAGCAGGAAAAGAAGGAAUUUAUGCAAGAAAAAAGGAAGUAGGGAAGAAGGAAAGGAAGGGUUAUUAAGGAAGGAAAGAAAGGAAGGAAGGAAGGAAGGAAGGAAGGAAGGAAGGAAGGAAGGAAGGAAGGAAGGAAGAAAGGAAGGAAGGAAGGAAGAAAGAAAGAAAGAAAGAAAGAAAGGAAGGAAGGAAGGAAGGAAGGAAGGAAGGAAGGAAGGAAGGAAGGAAGGAAGAAAGAAAGAAAGGAAGAAAGAAAGGAAGAAAGAAAGAAAAGGAAAGAAAAGGAAAGGAAAGGAAAGAAAAGGAAAGAAAAGAAAAGAAAAGAAAAGAAAAGAAAAGAAAAGAAAAGAAAAGAAAAGAAAAGAAAAGAAAAGAAAAGAAAAGAAAAGGAAAGAAAAGGAAAGGAAAGAAAGGAAAGAAAGGAAAGAAAGGAAGGAAGAAAGGAAGGAAGGAAGGAAGAAAGGAAGGAAGGAAGGAAGGAAGGAAGGAAGGAAGGAAGGAAGGAAGAAAGGAAGGAAGAAAGGAAGGAAGAAAGGAAGGAAGAAAGGAAGGAAGAAAGGAAGAAAGGAAGAAAGGAAGAAAGGAAGAAAGAAAGAAAGGAAAGAAGAAAGAAAGGAAGAAAGGAAGAAAGGAAGAAAGGAAGAAAGAAAGAAAGAAAGAAAGAAAGAAAAAGAAAGAAAGAAAGAAAGAAAGAAAGAAAGAAAGAAAGAAAGAAAGAAAGAAAAAUAGA